GUGCAAGCCUGAAGAAAAAGUAAUUGCUCCAUUUUAAGCCAUGGCAUAUCAGUUAUACGGAAAUACGACUUUGGGAAAUAGUCUUCAAGAAGGCCUUGAUGAGCUCAUACAGUCCCAGCAGAUCACCCCUCAGCUUGCCUUUCAAGUUCUACUUCAGUGUGAUAAAGCAAUAAAUUCAGCAUUGGCUCAGAGAGUCAGGAACAGAGUCAAUUUCAGGGACUCUCUAAAUACAUACAGAUUCUGCGAUAAUGUUUGGACUUUUGUAUUGAAUGAUGUUGAAUUCAGAGAGGUGACAGAACUUAUUAAAGUGGAUAAAGUGAAAAUUGUAGCCUAUGGUGGUAAAAAUACUGGCUCCAAUGCUAUAGAAUGA